CCUCCUACUCCCCUUCGGACCCCUUGAGACAGACGAAAGUCCAAUGCCAUUUGGUCUUCAGCUUGUGGACACUCCUGGUAUGAUCGAUCUGCCGGCGAGCAGCUCUGGCGCUUCCCACGACAGAGGCUACAAUUUCGUUGAGGCGGUGCGCUGGUGGGCCAAGCGUUCUGACCUUAUCCUGCUCUUCUUCGACCCGGACAAGCCAGGCACCACGGGCGAGACGCUGGAGGUGUUGACUACUUCUUUGGAUGGGCUCAGCCACAAGCUAUUGAUCGUUCUAAACAAGGUGGAUCAGCUGGACAACGUGGUGGACUUCGCAAGGGCCUACGGUGCUCUUGGCUGGGCGCUAUCCAAAGUCAUCAAGUGGAAGGACGUUCCCCAGGUCUACACUGUGUUUAACGAGGGCUUCGACGACGGCUUGCGCGACGCGUGCUCGAAGCUCCCAGUCGAGGCCUUUGCGAAGAGGCGGGAGGAGGUCGUGAGCGAGGUGUUGCGCGUGCCGGAGCGCCACGGCGACAACAUCAUCACCGCGCUGGAGGAGCCGAAUGACGGUCUUCCUGCAGACGACCCUCAGUAG